ACAUUUAUUGAAAGAAUUUAACUUAAUGAAAAACUAGAUGACCUGAAAGUAAGCUACAGUCUAUUACGCAACUAAAAACAAUUCAUUUUUCCCACCAAUCAAGAGUUUAAAAGCUAAUGUUGAAUUUGACAUUGUAAUAGGAGUGAAUAAAAGACAUUUAACCCAAUUAUUCAACCCUUUUUUAGCCAAACAUCCAUUGAAGCACAUGGAUUAAAUCACUUUUCAAAAGAGUAAAAUGGAUAAUUCUAAAAAUCAGUAUACAACUUUUCCCUUCCAACCUCAUUUACCUCAGCUAACCCUGGAAUAAAUAAUUCCACCAUGUAGGGUGAAAUAAUUUAUUUGAAUAAGGAGUAGAAGUAAAUUAAUCGAUUUACUUCAAGUUAACUUAUUCCUUUUCAAACAUAGUAAGAAUAACAAUUCAAAUGUGAGCUACAAGGUAGAAUAUGAUGUGGGAUCUCUAGGAAUACCAAGCAAUAGAUAUUUGGUUGGAGACCAUCUCAACCACUAUUAUUAGCUAGAUUUCAACUUAUCCUAGGGUCCUUGUUGGAGAAUUAGGAAUUUUACAGUUUAAUAUCUACAAAUAGGAGAAUCACCCAAUUAUUUAGGCUACCAACUUUUGGGCCAACAAUACAGGAAAUAUAUUUAGAACAAUGAGGGCCUAGGUAUUACUAGAGAGUCGUGGACAGAUAAUAUUGGCUACUUUACAUUCAUGUGAUAUCAAUUGUUUAGUAUACUAGCAAAAAGUUUCAUUAUACUAAAUUGUUCCUAGUUUACCAAUUGUUUGAAUAAUAAGAAAGCCAAUGAAUUGGUGUGGUAGAAUUCUAUAUCGUAUUAAAUAUCCUUUUGGGCCAAAUCACAUGACAGUCAUAAAUAUUUUCCAUUGCAUGGCCAAAUUGAAUAUUUCAACCCAAUGCUUAUACAUAAUUAGAAACGAUUAAUAGAUAUUAUCGCUAAUCUAUACAUCAAGUGGGUACAAAAUAAACUGCAUCAAUUAACUAUAUACUACAAUAUAUGAUCGGAUGCAUAAAUUGGAGAUCUACUUCAUCAAUCACAAUGUACACAUUUUCAAACUUGGUUAAAUUUUAAAUUCACUAUGUUACGAUGAUUAAAUUAUAAUAACAUAUACUAUCAUGUAAAAUCAUUUAACUUAGCAUCCAUUUGAUAUUUAGGUUACAGGCGAUCAAAAUACAUAAUUUUUGAUUAAUAAAAUAUUUCACCAUAAAUUAUUUUUAACAUUUAAUUAUUCAAUUUGAGUAGUUCAUUAUUGGCUUUGAAUCAUGAAUUCUUUUCUUGAAGACUUAAGGUAAAACAUGUAAUACAACUAUUAAACUAAUCAACAUUGGAAUAGCAUCAUAAAGAAAAAAUUCACUUAAUGAAAAUAUAUUAUAGUUUUGAAAUCAUACCGUCUCUUUUGAAAAGAACAAGGACGCAAAAAAAUUGAAUUUCUGAAAAAAAAAAGUUGUGUCAGGUCCAUUUUUGGUUAGGAGUGAACCGCAUUAAUUAUAUUACAACAAACUGUAAUUAUUAUAAUAAAUAUGACCAUCAUAACGCCCUUUUUUUUUUAAAAAAACGUUACAUUUACCGUUAUAACCUUCUGCUUCUGCUAAUCUCUAUCUCCAACCCAAGAGUCUUUUUAUACCCACUCCUAUUCUCCUCCCAUCUCUAUUCUCCUCCUUCGACCCCCCAACGCUCUUUCCAAAACAAAAAGAAAUAAAAAAUUGGAAGACAAGAAAAAAAGAAGAAAAAGGAAAAACGAGAAGGAAAAAAAAAAGAAACCAUGCUGACUCUAUGCAAGACGACCGUUCAUACCUUGCUGGGGUUUUCCGACCACUCCACCGAACGCCGGAAUCCUCCCUACAGCUGCCGGAAUAUGCCCUCCCCCGGCGCCGACGGCCUGCGCCUCCUCGCCGGCGACACCCCCAAGCCGCCGAACAUCGUCGAGUCCUCUGCCGUUGGCCCCGCAGGGAAGCCACCGUGGCGGACCGACCUUCGUGCCCGCGGCCUCCACGACCUCGAUCACGGCAACCUCCGCCUCUGCACUGAAAACCUCGGCUCCGAGAGCUGCGACGACGGUGGGAUGGGGAUGGACGAGAUCGGGGGGCGGACGACGGAGGAGGAUGAUCGGAGGCUGGAGGCGCGGCCGUGGGGGAGGACGAGGUCGCGGCGGUGGAGGGCGGAGGCGAAGUUCCCACCACCGCUGCCGUGGCUGGUGGGGCGGGACGGGCGGCGGAGCCGGUUCAUGCGGGUGGUGCGGGAGGACGGCCGGAUCGUGCUCUCCGAAGUCCGGAUCGAGCGGCCGGAGGUCCUCCGUGCCUCCCGCCGCGACGGCCGCCUCCGGCUGGAGCUCGUCGGGUCCCCGAAUCUCCAGGCGAUGAUCUCCGAUCAAGAAGAAGAGGAGGAAGAAGAGAUCGAAGAAGAAGAGGCAGCAGCGGCGGCGGAGGAGGAGUUGGCGGCGGCGGCGGCGGCGGCGCAGAGGGUGAAGAGCGAGGGGGCGAGGUGCGUGGAAGAGCUGGGCGGUAACGGGAUCGCGCCGUGGUGGAGUCACCACUUCGCGACGACGGCGUGAGCUCAGUGGCACGGUUAUCGAAUGGGCGAAGUUUGCGAAGGUAACGACGGCUCCUUCGAAAAACCAAGAAAAAGCAAGAAAAGGACGGAUUUACCCACAGAAGAGAAAAGCGGUGCGAUUUGGAUCUGGUGGGGUUCGUUUAUAUCACCUGCAGAGUUUCUCAUCUUUUUAUUUAUUUAUUUUGUUUGCUUAUUUUAUUUUUUUAUUUUCUUUCUUUUUUAAAAUGAAAUAAAUAGUUUAAUAAUUUUAUUGAUCAUAAUGCAUGGUUGGUGAUGGAUGGGUUUCAGUGAUCUAAUGGUGGUGAUUUAGUUUGAUGGGAGCUACAGGGGAUGUCUGGAGUCAACUGGAAGAAGAGUUUUUCAAGCUGGCUAGGGUCUAAGAGAGUUGAGAGCUGACACUGACCAGGUGGAUGCUGACCAGUUUGAUGUGUGUAGAUUAG